UGGAUUACUGUUUCACAAUUAUUGCUACGGCAUUUACACUAUCAUAUUUCGUUCUAUGUACGAUUGAUAAUGCUUAGUCCUAAGCCCGCCGUAUCACCGGAGAGGCUCUGUUUAAGUAAAAUGAUUGUAAGGCGAAACCGCUAACGGUUAACAAUCAAAAAGAUUCUUUGGACGUACUGAAAGGCUGCAAACAUGGAUGGUAGUGGUAAUUACUUACGCACAUCUGCAAAUUCUAUGAUGAACGGCAGUGGAGCUGCGGAAGAGUUAGAAUUCAUUUCAAUUCCGAGUACGAUUACUCGUGACAGCAAUUGUAAUACAUCCGUUCCGCCAUCGAAGACACCGCGAAAUUUUAAAUUAUUAGCGGAUCCGCAGCUGAUAAAAUGUGGUGCCAAGUUAUACCGUUACGAUGGAAUUGUGCCUGGAGACCCAACUUACCCAACAAUUACGCCACGGGACCCACGAAAUCCACUGAUUCGAAUACGUGCCAGACCUGUUGAGCCUGUUGCAUUACUUGUGCCUCGGCUUGUGAUAGAUUCCAACUACGUAGGACAACCACCAGCAACUGAAGUAACAGUGAUCAACUUAAACGACAACAUUGAUAAGCAGUUCUUAUCAAAUAUGUUGGAAAAGUGUGGUUCGGUUGAUGAAAUAAACAUUUACCAUCACCCGAUGACGAACAAACACCUCGGUGUUGCGCGCAUUGUUUUCGAGAGCACAAAAGGAGCGCGCCAAUUUGUCGAAAAAUAUAAUCAAAAGUCUGUUAUGGGAAAGAUUUUGAAUGUUUUUUGCGAUCCAUUUGGUACCGUGUUAAAGAAAACUAUUGAUAAUUUGACGAAUCCCAUGGCUCCAAAACCAAUUGUCCCAACCAUUUCUCACCAAACAACGAAGCAGGUAGCUAUACAGGGUGAAUAUGGCCAUGAUUACAAAGAGCUAAAUGGAAUGAAAAAGUUUAGCAGCAUUGACUAUGAUUUGUAUCACAAAGGUACGGAAUUCGGAGAACAUGAUCGUAAAUGGGAACGCGAUCAUGAUCGUUAUUUAAAAAAUCGAUCUAUUGAAAAGCCGUAUGAGCGGGAACAUGGAACACGCGAUAAAUACACAUCCUCUCUUCGUCACGAUCGACACUACCAUAGUCGGCGCUCUCGGGAAAAAAGCCCAGAGCCCAACAGAGACAGACUGUUCAACAGUAGAGAAAGGGAUCGCGACGUCAGAUCAGGAAACUAUUUACGGUCAAGGGAACGCGAUAAGUUUCGAGAUCGCAAUAGCUUAAGAGAUCGGCCUCGCGAUCAGUUAAGAGAGUCAAGAGACUAUCGUUUAAGCUCAUCGCGAGAACAAGAUUAUCGGGAACGGGACCGAGAUCGACCAAAUAAAAUUGAACAUAAAGACGCUGUAUCAUCAAAGUACUCUAAGCGGUACUUAAGUCGCGAAUACAAUGAGAUUAAAGGUGGAUGUUCAAAAUCGAACUCAUAUUAUGCGGAAACCCCUGUGUCUAGUUUAUCACAAGACGAUGCCUAUGGAUAUAGUAGCUAUAGUUACACAAUGUCAGAUCGUAUUCAAACCUGGUCUAGCUCACACAGAUCCUGGAUUGCCCCACAGCCCAAUUCUUUGCCACAGCCACCACCGCCUCCACCACCGGAAGAAGAAGAAAACUGGGAUGAACCUCAAGCACCCCGCGAAACUCUUAAUAAAAAGGCUCCAAGCCAAAACUCUUCUUCAUGCAAAAAGUUACAAAUUCCAAGUACAUUAAAAAUUAAGAAACCGAUGAGCGGCUCUGUGAAAGAUACAGACUCGGGAAAUGUAGACUUAGAUACCCGUAUCGCUUUAAUAUUUAAAGGCAAAACAUUUGGGAAUGCACCACCUUUUCUACAAAUGGAUAGCAGUGAUUCAGAUACUGAUAAAGUAAAAGUUGAUGAGGUGGAAAACCCAUAUGUGCAAAGAGAUGCAGCAUUUACGAAUAAAUGCAAACAAAUACAAGAAAUUAACAAAACUUUAGCUUUGCAGCAACAUGAUGCUAGCGACAUUUCAAGUGACGAUGAUAUUUUAGUCAAAAAAGAAACUACGAGUCUUAUUGUUUCCAAAGAUCAGUCGGAGCAAAUUAUGGAUGACAAUAUGUCACUGUCCAGCUUAUCUUCACACGAGGAAUCAACAAACGCAUCUCCAAAAUUAAUAGAUCAACCAAAUUCAUCUGUAUUGACGAAAGUAGUCUCAUAUAUUUAUCCUCAACCAGGAGAUCAAAAUAAUUACUAUUACCAGAACUCUUCAUACGGACACUACGCUUCAUCAAUGACAGUAAACUCAGCAUUAUCGGGAGGCUAUAUGUCAAACACUAACUACAUCCAAUCACCGUACUUGUCGGGAAUAGUACCUUCUGAUGCAUUCAGUUUAAAUCCUUACGUCCAAGCCUAUGGUUGUCAACACUUGCAGACCAGUCAGAAUGACGAGGUAAAACAAAAUGUAAGAAAAGUUAUGGACUGCAUUGUUGAUGAAUUAAAACAAAUUCUGAAGCGAGAUGUAAACAAACGCAUGAUUGAAACAACGGCUUUCAAAAGCUUUGAAGCUUGGUGGGACGAGCAAACGACAAAGGCCCGUUCUAAACAGUUUUCAUCCAUAGAUAAAUCCAUCGUCCCAACAUCUGUAAAUCUUGAUAAAAAUACCAGUCGUGAAAAGCCUCCUGAUAUCAAUCAGCUUAUCAAUACGCAACGAAUUAUAUCAGAUUUUCAGUCCUUUUCUGGCAUUGGGAUCAGGGCCACAAUGCCAAAGAUGCCUUCUUUCCGUCGCGUUCGUAAGCAUGCUAGUCCUGCUCCCAACCAAAAAAGUGGAGCAGAAAAGGAUCUCAGUGACCAAGAAGAAAUGGUUCAAUGUUCUGAUUCGGAAAAGGAAGACUCCAACAUGGGAAACUCGGAUGCUCCUGGUACCAAACUAAAAAGCUGCAAUUACGAAAAGGAAAGUACCAAGCACCAAGACAACAUCCAAUCACAACGAAAGGGAAGUGCAUCCAGUUUUUUUUCUUCGUCUUCAUCUUCAUCGUCUACUAGUGACAAUGACGCAGAUGAAGACGAUGAAGCUGAAAAUGAAAGGAGUAGUGAUGAUAGCAGUGAGAACCGAUCACGCAAGCCACACCCGCCACGAAGUAAUCUACGAAACUUGUAUUCAGACUCUGAAGAAGAGGAUAAAUUGUUUGCUAAUACAAUUGAGAAUGAGCGGACAAAUAAAAUGGAUAUUUACUCCGACACGGAUGAGGAGGAUUAUAGAAAGGCAAAAGCUGAUGUAAUACCUUUAAACCGAGCCAAUCAUAUGAUUUCAUCGAUACCUUCAGACCUUGAAGAUAUCAGCAAAGAUAGUAGUUUGGGGGAUCUAGAAUCAAAACAUAACUCAAUGCUCAAAUCAGCCGAUAAGACCGAUGAAGAAUCUCGACGAUCACCUACACCAGUUCCCCCUCCAGAUUACAAUGAGGAGACUGUCGAAGAAUGUAACGAUAAAAGAAAGUGCAAAUCACAAUUUGAAUAUGAUCGCAUUUACAGCGACUCCGAUGAAGAACGUGAAUAUCAAGAAAGGAGACGUAGAAAUACCGAGUACAUGGCUCAGAUUGAACGUGAAUUCUUAGAAGAGCAGCAAAAGAAACUACACCAGAUCACUGAAAGUUCAAAAUCUGACCUAAAACUAGAUAUUGUGAGCUCAGCAUGUGUUGGAAUGCCUGAAACUCCUGAUAUUUCUAAACCCCCUCCUACACCUGGUGUGAAAUUAUUAAAUAAUUUUGUUGACGAUGUACUCUCGUAUAGUGUGAGCAAGGGGAAGACUAACACUGUUAAGAACAAAGACAUUGAUAUUCAAAAGAACAACCAAACAGAUCUAAACGAAGAUCAAGAAAAAUGUCAUAAAAAUGCCGAUAUUUUUGCAAAUGAAGUUAAUCCUAACACAUUAGUAAAUGGAAAAACUCCAUCGUCUCCAUUGGUUGAUAGUAAUCAAAUUAACAAAGGAAAGCAGUCACCCGCCUCUUCCGACAGCGGAUCUAGUCAAGUGUCUCAAGCCAGUCAAGUGGCACUGGAGCACUGCUAUUCACUGCCUCCGCAAGCUCAGGCUAUUCUUCCAAAUAGUGGUUCGUCUGUAAUGUUAGAUGUUAAGAAGGAAAGAGCAUCUGAAAACGACAUACAUAAUACUAACGUCCAACAGGCAUCUAGACCUGGUCCAGGUAGGCCUCGUAAAGAACCAGCACGUAUUCAAAAACGAAGGAAGGAGUCUGUGACACGUCGAUCAAAUGCAAAAAUAAAAACAGAGUUAAGAGAUUCCGCAGCGGAAGUAGCUCGGCAAAUAGCAAACUUUGUCCCUUACGAAAUGUAUGAUUUACGUGAUCAAAAUGAGGAAAUGGUUAUCCUUUAUGCAUUCCUCACGAAAGGCAUCGAUGCUGAAGACAUAAAAUACGUAAAGACAAGUUACAUUGAGCAUUUGCAGAAGGAGCCCUAUGCGAUGUUUCUUAACAAUACGCAUUGGGUGGAUCACUGCACGACGGAUAGGACGUUCUGGCCGCCUCCUCCUAAAAAGCGUAAAAAGGAUGAUGAUCUGUUGCGCCAUAAAACUGGUUGUGCCAGAACGGAAGGAUAUUACAAACUGGACGUUCGAGAAAAAGCGAAACACAAGUAUCACCAUACAAAGGCCAACUUAGACGACGCACGCAACGAAGAUCGCUGCGAUGAGCCAACUGCUCUUACUAAUCACCAUCAUAAUAAGCUUAUCUCCAAAAUGCAAGGAAUAUCGCGGGAAGCGCGCUCAAAUCAGAGGCGCCUUCUAACCGCUUUUGGCUCAAUGGCUGAGUCCGAGUUAUUGAAGUUUAACCAGCUCAAGUUUCGAAAAAAACAACUCAAGUUUGCCAAAUCUGCCAUACAUGAUUGGGGGCUGUUUGCGAUGGAACCAAUAGCAGCAGAUGAAAUGGUUAUCGAAUAUGUCGGUCAAAUGAUUCGACCGAUUGUUGCUGAUUUAAGGGAGACAAAAUACGAGGCGAUUGGCAUUGGAAGCUCCUAUCUAUUCCGAAUUGACAUGGAAACCAUUAUUGACGCAACAAAAUGUGGUAACUUGGCGCGAUUUAUUAAUCACAGUUGCAAUCCCAACUGUUAUGCUAAGGUUAUCACAAUUGAAUCGGAGAAAAAGAUUGUUAUAUAUUCAAAGCAACCUAUUGGGGUUAAUGAAGAAAUAACAUAUGACUAUAAAUUUCCGUUAGAGGACGAAAAGAUUCCAUGCCUUUGCGGGGCUCAAGGUUGCAGAGGAACGCUUAAUUAAACGAGAAAAUAUAUAGUACACAUACACACGUAUGAUUAUUUAUUUAUGUUUUGGAAUAUACAAGGUUAUUUUCGAAAACGAGUUUGAAUAAACAAAUUUGAACACAAAUGUACAUAUUUUAGUCAAACAAAAUUUUUGUUAAUAUUAGUUAAUUAGUAAUUCCUUAAAAUUAUACCACUUAAAAUCAUAGUAAAAAUAAUAUAAUUAAUCUAUAACUGCUUUUAUGUUUUUAGUUGUAUCCUAUAAAUACAGACAUCCGGCAUGAUAAAUAUAGGCAUAAGUAAAAUUCUAAUGUGAAUAUUCAAUAUUAAAAUAAAAAAAAGUGGCCACGCAUGGUUAUUAUAUAAAUACACACCUACAUAAGACGAAUAAAUAAAUGUUGCAGUUGCAAAAUAA